GUGGAGCGAGUUGCGGUCAUGUCUGGCAGAGGCAAGGGCGGGAAGGGGCUCGGCAAGGGGGGCGCCAAGCGGCACCGCAAGGUGCUGCGCGACAACAUCCAGGGCAUCACCAAGCCGGCCAUCCGCCGCCUGGCUCGGCGCGGCGGCGUGAAGCGCAUCUCGGGGCUCAUCUACGAGGAGACGCGCGGCGUGCUGAAGGUCUUCCUGGAGAACGUGAUCCGCGACGCCGUCACCUACACGGAGCACGCCAAGAGGAAGACGGUCACGGCCAUGGACGUGGUCUACGCCCUCAAGCGCCAGGGACUCGCAAGGGUGAUCGGUUUAUUCUUGUAGAAGCAGCGGGUUGCUAUGGCGCGCACGAAGCAGACGGCGCGUAAGUCGACGGGCGGGAAGGCGCCCCGCAAGCAGCUGGCCACCAAGGCGGCCCGCAAGAGCGCGCCGGCCACGGGCGGCGUGAAGAAGCCGCACCGGUACCGGCCCGGCACGGUGGCGCUGCGCGAGAUCCGGCGCUACCAGAAGUCGACGGAGCUGCUCAUCCGCAAGCUGCCCUUCCAGCGGCUGGUGCGCGAGAUCGCGCAGGACUUCAAGACCGACCUGCGCUUCCAGAGCUCGGCCGUCAUGGCGCUGCAGGAGGCGAGCGAGGCCUACCUGGUCGGGCUCUUCGAGGACACCAACCUCUGCGCCAUCCACGCCAAGCGCGUCACCAUCAUGCCCAAGGACAUCCAGCUGGCCCGGCGCAUCCGCGGCGAGCGCGCCUGAGGCUCACCCCCCGCC